AUAAUCACAAACCACUGAAUCGUAAACAAAUAAAUAAUUACUCUCUUCAAAAUCUCGAUGAUGAAUUACAUGAAGCUAUUGAUCAUCGUCGUGAUCAUCUCGUCGGCUUUGUCUCCAGCGUUGGUGGUGGGAUCUCGCCCGGUGAAAUGUGAUAAUUGCGUUGACGGUGGAAAAGAAAGGAUCAUGAAGAUCAUGAGAGCAGGUUUGGAUAUGAUGAUGAGCCAUAGGAUUCUUCGAGCGUCGAGAUAUAUAAACUACGAUGCAUUGAAGCACAACAGACCAGCUAGAGCAAAUGGUAAACCUGAUCAACCUGAUAACAGAUACAAGCGAGGUUGCACUGCCGCUACAGGAUGCUACCGUUUUACCGAUUAAACAUAAAACCCCUC